AUGGGCUUGUCGCGUUCGCGGAGGCAAUCUCCCGAGUGCCUGAGUACCACUCUACCGCCGCCAUCCCCCCAGCCCUCCUCCGCUUUUGAGGACUUCUUCGAUGUCGAUUCCGCUCCUUCGAGGCCUAUGAGCGAGGCCUUCAUGUCCGGUACUUCAACACCCAACGGUGCCUUGGGCUCCCGACCGCCAUCCUUGGCCGAAAUCCUCCUCGAUGUCGCCUCGCCACCAUGGACCCUUACUGCCUUUAUGGCUUACCUCUCCAACAACCACUGCAUGGAGAGCCUUGAAUUCACCCUUGACUCUCAACGCUAUACCGCUAUCUACAACGAGGUGAUUACCGAUAACCCGAACCCAACUCAAGAGAACCACGAUCGUGUUUGUGCUUUGUGGGAGAAGCUUAUGCAAGUCUACAUCAUCCCGUGCGCCCCGAGGGAGGUCAACAUCCCCGCUCGCAUCCGUGACGAGCUGCUCAACCUUCCUUGCGGCCCUGCUCCCCCGCAUCCAUCACAGUUGGCUGAAACAGGUCGGAUUCUCUAUGAACUUAUGAACGACUCAUUACUGGUCCCCUUCCUCCAGUCUGUAGCUCCCAUGCAGCUUGAUGGCCCUUCAGAUGAACAUGCUCGUGGAUCCCGACGAUCUUCCAACAGCAACAGCCGCAUGGGCGCGCCAGUCCGAUCGAUGAAUUCGAUGCACCACAUUGAGUCCGACUCCAUGACCGACGAUAGCGACUGCAACUCUCCUCCUGGCAUGGAGCCAAUGACUCCCCCGACAACCCCGCCCAUCUCAGAAUGGGGCUUCACCACCUCUCCUGGAGGUCUUCAGCGUGCUGUGGCUGCACACAACAAAGGCUGGAAGAAGAUGGGUGCCAAGUUGGGCUUCAACAGAAAAAGCUCAAGGACUCGCUCUACCCCAACAUCAUCUCACCCUGCUCCGGAAGGCCUUCACCUGCAUCACGACUCCUUAUGA